UGAAGCGCGCCAACCUCCGCAUCAAUUCAGGCCAGCGGCCAGCCUGACAAUUGGCAACGUGAAGGCUGACACAGACAGCAGCAGGGACCAGGAGCGGCUGUGCAUUGAUCCAGCUGAUAGGUCUAGCUUGAUUUCACUUUGCCAAUACCUGGCGGCCUCAGGAUUUAUGUAUCGUAGGCGUGCAUUACGGAGAUUCCAAUUUGUCUUUAGCGGGUUGUGUCAGGAGCUGUCUGGCGGCGGACAAUUGUACGCUAGGAAAGGGGCGUCAUGAACGCGCCAUGGUGGGAUGCACUGAGGAGACAUUGGGCAGAGAAGGUGCUGGAGCUCCGCAGCAACUUGCACAGUGGUGGCCCCCUCUCCCCCGUCACAGAGAGGGCCUCCAGUCUUGACAUUCCGCCCGCUCUCGUCCACUCCGAAACCAUGCCGCCGCUAGCGUCAGUCACAUUCACCCCCCCGAGAGAGCCAGAGCGGGCGGCAGCAGAAGCCCCCAGUAAGAAGUAUGCGGUGAAGACGGGGGACUGCUUGUACGGCAUCAGCCGCGAGUUUGGCGUGGACGUCAAGACGCUCCUGGCCUCAAACCCGCACCUGUCCAACCCCGACAGCCUGCCCCUUGGCCUCACGCUCUGCGUGCCCCUCCACUUCACCCCUGGAGUCCCCAACUCCAGCAAGCUCGCGCGCAUCUCCCUCCCUAGCCCCACGCCCCUCCCGCGCCCCGCCCGCCCACAGAUCAACUCCGCCAAGGUGUUGCCGCAGAGUGCCCAGCAGGCAGGGGCCGCUCGAGCGCUGCAGAUGCGCGUGGCGGCGGUUGCGUUUGCAGUGUGCGGGAAGCUGUUGCUGGGCAGCGGCAGCGUAGGGGUGCACAAAUACAAGGUGGCAAGGGGGGACACGCUCGCCAAGAUUGCGGCGCGGCACAAGACCAGCGUGGCAGCCAUCAAGCAGGCCAACAAGCUCAAGAACGACGUCAUCAUCCCCGGCAGGACGCUGACGAUUCCGUCCUCCGCCCCACGGGCGACUCUCCAAAAGGCGUCGUUGGCGGAGCGCGAGGCGGCCAUGUACGGGCUGCGGCAGCAGAGCAAGGAAAUUUUGGCGCCCAUCUCGCCCAACCCGGUGUUCCAGAAGCACGCGCCGCAGCGCCGCGUCGUGGUCCGCCCGGGGGACACGCUCUCCGAGAUCGCCAAGACGCACAGAAUGAGCGUCCAGGAGCUGAUGCGGCUGAACAACCUCAAGGGCUUCGGCAUCUGCGCGGGCGACAUCCUGGCGCUCAGUCCAGCUCCGCGCAUGCCCAUUGAGUCGAUCCGGAAGGGCCCCCGCCGCUCGCGGAUGUACCUCUUCUCGCGAGGCUGGGACGUGUGCACGGCGCAGAGGAAGCCUGGCGUGGGAGGCGGCAUCGUCAAGCAAGCCCGCUGGAAGCAGCGCAAGACCAAGCCCUUCAACGACUGCUGGCGCUUCAACUGCCCCCUACAGAGCGGGUUCAUCUCGAGCCCGUACGGUCCGCGCAAGCUGGCGGGCCAGCGGCGGAGCAUCCACUACGGGGUGGACAUCGCGGCCGACACGGGCACGCCCAUCCUGGCCGCGGACCGGGGCGUCAUCGCCAAGGUCGCGCGCCACUUCUGGGACACCGACGGGUACGGCAACUACGUGGACAUCAUGCACUCGGGCAACUUCCUGACGCGGUACGCGCACUGCCAGUCGCUGCUUGUGCGUGAGGGCCAGCGAGUUUCGAGGGGCCAGGAGAUCGCCACAGUGGGAGCCACCGGGAAUGCUCAAGGACCACACCUCCAUUUUGAAGUGCGCAAGGAGGGCAAGACGGUGAACCCCGCGCACUACACCCGCCUGUGCUGACCUCCACCACCCGGUGCCCCGUCCGCCCAUUCUUUUCGGCUGCAUUCAAAAGCUUGAGUCUGCCGGUAGCUGCUAGGAUUAUGUCCCGUGUCUGGUCCCAGGUCAAAUGUGCGUCUCUCGGCAAAGAUAGGGUGGAUGUUGCUAGUCGUGCUGGUUAGGGCUCGUGUGGCUCCAACGCCAGGUGGUCUUACAAGAAAUAAACCCUACAUAUAGUCCGUUGUACUCUAGAUAGUUGUAAGAGAUCGAGGCCUUGCUUCUGUGCUGUGCCUGGUGGCGACUCUGCUUCCUUCAAGGCAGUCAAAUCCGGAAUAAUCCAGCAGCGAGUGUCCCGUUGAAAAGCCAAGUGGCUCGAGAAAAUGGUCAAGCGUUUGCUUGUGGGUCGUUGGGCCAACCCUUGAACUCAAGGCAAGGUUAGAUUUGACUCUUAUAUGGUGCAACCUCCUAAGUAGUUAGUCGCUUGCAAAGGUCUUGACUCAAACAAUACCAUGAGUGCUUUCAAUGGACGCAUUAUCAGCUUGUCGGAUUAGCGAUGCGUUCAUGGGAUAGUAAACAUGCUCCGUGUUCAAUGUGGU